UCAGUCGGAAACCAGCUGCCGAGUGUUGAGCACGUUGAGCAGUGCGGGAAGGUGAAUGUUAAGACCAGGCCAGAUGUGCUAACCGGAUUAAUUUAAUGAGCUUUCGAGCCAAUUUAACAAAAGCUUAUUGCAAAUUAUAUUUGUAAUAGCAACAGUGUCAAAAAAAAAAAAUUAUUUAAAUAUUUGUCAUUUGUGUUAAAAUUUUCAUUCAAAAAUCACAACAAAAAAGUCAAAAUUUAUCCGGUUGAAAGAGUGAUUGUCAUCAAAUAUUUGGUAUCAACUAUCUACAGCUUAAAAUUAAAAAUAAAUUACACUAAUUUUGUCUAUAAUUUGACAGAAAAAAAAUAAUAAUUGUUUUUAUCAUUGGAGAAAGAGAAAACAGAUUGGCUAGAAAUAAAAAAAAAUACUUUUUUCUACAACAUCAGCAAGAGUCAAAUUGCUGUGAGCGAAAAAAGUGCUGUGGAAAGAAUCUGUGAUAGUAUUUAUUGAAAAUAAUAUUAAAGCUAAAAAAAAAAAAAUAUUUUAAAUAUAUUCUAUAUUUUGGAUAAAAAAAAAAAAAAUCAAAUUAAUCUGAGUUUGUCAUUGUAAAGAUUCGAAAUAAUCUAGAUAGAAAUUAGAUAUUUAUUUACAUCUGUGAUACACUGAUAUGUACAUAUAGCUCGUGUUGUUUAAAUGAUUAAUAUAUUAUUUUCAUAAUUAAACUUGUGCUAAUAUAAAUAUUGAACUAAAAAAAAAAAAAUUAAUUAAAGAAAGUGGUAUAUCUCAUUGAAUAUCUGGAGAGAGUUUUUGCCGUCAUUUUGAAGCUGAUCAAUCUGAAGCAGCAACACACACACAUUCACCCACACACUAUUAAAAAAAAAAAUAAAUUGCUAAUUUUUUUUUAAUUCAGUUAAAUCAACACAGUAUAAAUUUAAUUAAUUUGUUUCUUGUACAUACGACUGACUAUUUUUUUUAAAACAAUUACUAUUGUUCCGGGCGUGAGCGUAAAAAAAAAAAUAUACCUAUAAUUAAAGCUUAAAUAUAAACACACCUAAAAAUCUAUUAAAACGUAAAUUCGUUAUAGUUAUUAAUUAUAGUGAUUUGUGAUUUAUAACGGUUGUUUUUUAAAUAAUACAAUAUAUAAUAAAAACAAUAAGAAAAAUGGUCGAGAAAAUACCGGAAGAACGAGAGGACGAGCGUCAGGACGCUGUGAGAGAUGACAGUAAAUGCAUUGAAGUAGCCUCAACAGGAGAAUCACUGAGUUCAAUUCAGGCAAGACAAGAGGAAGCUAGACGCAAAAGGCGCAGGAAGCAACGUACUGGCUCAUCUCUUGUCUCAUCAUGCUUUCAAGAAUUAUAUAAAUUGACUGGAGAAGUUCUUGGUGAAGGUGCAUAUGCAUCAGUACAAACAUGUGCAUCACUUUACACUGAUCUUGAAUAUGCUGUUAAAAUAAUCGACAAAAUUCCUGGACAUGCACGUACACGUGUUUUUAAAGAAGUUGAAACAUUUCAUCAUUGCCAGGGACAUCCUAAUAUUAUUCAAUUAAUUGAAUUUUUUGAAGACGAUGAAAGAUUUUAUCUUGUUUUUGAAAAAAUUAAUGGUGGACAAUUAUUAAGAAGAAUUCAAGAACGUGUUCAUUUCAGUGAAAGAGAAGCAAGUCAAACUGUUAAAGAAAUUGCUGCAGCAUUAAAUUUUCUACACAAAAAAGGAAUUGCUCACAGAGAUUUAAAACCAGAAAAUAUAUUAUGUGUAAAUCUUGAUACAUUAACACCAAUUAAAAUAUGUGAUUUUGAUCUUGGAUCUGGUAUUAAAUUUAACAAUACAUUAUCAAGUCCAGUAGCAACACCACAAUUAUUAACACCAGUUGGUAGUGCUGAAUUUAUGGCACCAGAAGUUGUUGAAGCAUUUAUUGGUGAAACAAGUUAUUAUGAUAAACGUUGUGAUUUGUGGAGUCUUGGUGUUAUAAUGUACAUAUUAUUAUGUGGAUAUCCACCAUUUUAUGGUAAUUGUGGUACAGAAUGUGGUUGGGAAAAAGGUGAAAAUUGUCAAGCAUGUCAAGAAUUAUUAUUUACAAGUAUACAAGAAGGAAGAUAUGAUUUUCCUGAUCGUGAAUGGAUAAAUAUAUCUGAUGAUGCUAAAGAUCUAAUACGUGGUUUAUUAGUUAAAGAUGCACAUCAAAGAUUAAGUGCUGAAUGUGUACUUAAACAUCCAUGGAUUAAUCCACCAGCUGGUGUUAUGCUUGCUGAUGAUAGACCAUUAAUAACACCUGAAAUAAUAAGACGUAAUAAUUCAGCACGUGAUUUAUCAGCAUUUGCUGAAUCAGCAAUGGCUGUUAAUAGAGUUGUACAUCAACAUUUUUCAAUGAAUUUAUAUGAUCUUAAUGAAAAUAUUGAACCACGUUUAUCAACAUCAUCAACUGAUGAUGAUAAUCAUCCAUAUGGUCAUAUGUCUGAUUCAGGAAGUGAAUUAUCAGAAAAUAGUAAACAUUGUGCAACACAUUCAUCAAGUGAAUUUGAACCAACAUCAAGACGUAAAUCAUGCUCAAUGACAUCAGCAAUUGAUUUUUCUGAUACAAAAAUUAUUGGUAAAAAUCGUCUUCUUGGUAAGGAAUCAAUGAGUCAACUUUAUGGUUUAUCACCACCAAGUGAAAGUCGACUUAUGCAGCGUCGUAUUAAAGCACGUUCAAAUAUUCUUGAACGUAAAAGUCCAGCAAUUGUCGCAUCACCGAGUGGCUAAAUAUACUGUAUAUUAUAAUUUUAUUUUUCUCGUCAUUGAAAACGUUUCCUUCUCAUUAUUAUUAAUAUUAUUCUAUAAAUAUUAUUUUAUUUUUUUUUUUUUGAUCUUUGCAAUUAUUUUUUUCAUUAUUAUUUCGUUUUUUUUUUUUUACUAUUCAUUCGUGGCUCAUCGACAACGAUAAUUAAUAUAUUGUAUAUUUUUUUUUUGUAUUAUAAAUUCGAAAUAAUAUUUAAUUAUUAAAAUCAAUCAUACAUUUUUAUUUUUCAAAUCGUUUUUGUUAUAUUUUUUUUUUUCAAUCAAUAUUCUAAAAUUUUUCAUUAAAAUCAUUUUCUGUUAUAUAAUAAAAUUAAUUUAAAUGAUUAUAAUAAUGAUAAAUUAAGCAAAUGAAAAAAAAAAAAAAAAGGAUAAAUAAAUCGUUAAAAGCCAAUUAAUUAUUAGCCGCGAAUAUAUUUAUAAAUAUAUUUUUUUGUCUGACGAAUGUUUUCAAGUUUUACGUAGAGAAUAAAUUUUGUUAAAGACAAAAAAAAAUAAACAAAAUACUUGAAAAAUUUAGUACCUGUAAAAUAUAUAUUCGCGAAAUGAGAAGUAAUGUGUGAAUGUACGAUUAUAUUUCUAAGAUCAGAUGAGAUUUAUUAUUAAAAAAAAAAAAAAAACAAAAAAAAAUAUUGAGAGUUUAUUUGUCCGAAUAUUAUUAUAUAAAAAUGAACUAUUUAAUUAUGAAAUAAUAACUGUCGUGUAUGUCGACUAGUCUCUUCCUUCCAUCAUUGGCAAUAAAUCGAAAAAAACUAAUUUUUUUUUUAAAAAUAAAUUUAAGACCAUGGCCAAAAUUAAGUUUCACAUAUAAUAUAAAUAUUAUCUAGAUAUCAAACAGUAUUUUUCUGUUAUGAAACAAUUUCUUUUUAUAUUUUAAACAUUUUUUUUUUUUGAAAAAGAAAACAACAAGAAAACCUUUUUUUGUUUCGAUGAAUUUUUAACAUAAAUAAUUUUUUCAUUCUUAUUUUACCAUUUUAAAAAUUAAUAUCUUCGUUAAAAUUGUUGACAGUUUUUCUUUUUUGUUUGUUUAUUAAUGAUUAUUGUGAAAAAUAAUUUGAUCAAUUCAAUAGAACCAUUUUUUACUGAUGGGGUGUAUAUUGUUUGACGUUAUUCGAAAUAAUUAAAUGUGUCAAUAAUAACAAGAUUUACAUUAUUUUGUAAAUAAUUCAUAUUGACUUUUAUUUGUAACUUAAUGUCUUUUUUUUUUCUUUUCUAAUAUCGAAUUUUUCGUCAUGGUUUAUACACACAUAAAAGAAAAAAUUUCAAAUUUAAAUUAAAACAAGUGGACAGUCAUUCAAAUAUACUCUGAUUAUAUAAAUUAUUAUUAUUUUUUUUUCUAUGAAAAUUAAUCGAAUCAGCUCAGUAGUAUAAUAAAUCGUUAAAUUAUUAAUCAAACUUGAUGCUUGACUAAUAAUUAUUUGUAUAUUUAAAAUCUCAAUAAUAUAAAUAAUUUUUAUAUAUAAAAUGUCCACAAUAUUAUUUUAAUUUCAAGUAUAUUUUGUAAUUAAAAAAACAAUAUAAAAUUAUCGUUUGUAUAAUAUUAAAUCAACAUAAUUAAACAAAAAUUAUAAUACGAAAUAUCGUUAUAUAAAUUUCAUCGAAACUAUAUGCAAAUAAAACUCUUUUAGUUAUCAACAAAGAAAAAAAAAAAAAAUAUAAAAAACCAAAAAAAAAAAAAAAUACGAAUAAUUGGAAAAAAUAAAAAAAACAAAUAGAAAAAAAAGAUAAAAAUUAAAAAAAAAAAAAAAAAUCUUAGAUUGUAAUUAUGUGAGUGAAUGAAUGUUAAAAUGAUGAACAAUUGAUAAAAUUAGAUUAAGAAAAUUAACAUGGCCAUAAUCGUUGAUCUGCAAAUAAGUUUUGGAUUUUUGUAUUUUGUAUUGUUUUUCACUGAUGAAGAAUGAAGGAAAAAAAAUAAAAAAAACAUUGUAAUGAAUGUGACAUCAUGACAUGUCAUUGAAAGAAAAAAAAAUAUUUUCUUUUUUUUUUUAAACAAUAAAUUACAUAGCAUUAUAAAAUGAUAAUUUGUUGCUGCUUUUUUUGUUAAUUUGGAUAUUAAAUCAUCUGAGAACCAUGAAACAAUAAAAAGCAUCAUCAAAAAAUUAUUAAUUCAUGCUGUUGAAUCAUUGAAUGAUGAUGUGAGAAUAAAAAGAAAAAAAAAAAAAAAA